AAUUAAUUUUAAGCCGAAUUUUCGCGAAAUUAUGGGUGUGACUGUCCUGCAACCGUACCCCCUGCCCGAGGGCAAGUCGGGGGCGCACAUCAUCGACCAGCUGAGCAAGCGGCUGCUCGCUCUGGGGGCCACACACGCCGGCCAAUUCCUCGUCGACUGCGAGACGUUCAUCUCGACGCCGCAGCCGCACAACGGAGCCCCAGGACGCGCGGUCCACGUCCUGCACAACUCGGAGUACCCCGCCUCCACGUUCUCGAUCAUCGACAACGGCACCGGCAAGCAGGUGGCCCUCGUCGCCGACAACAUCUUCGAUCUGCUCAUGCUCAAGAUGACCAACACCUUCACCUCCAAGAAGCAGACGAAGAUCGAGUCCCGCGGCGCCCGCUUCGAGUACGGCGACUUCGUCAUCAAGCUGGGAUCCGUCACCAUGAUGGAGCACUUCAAGGGCAUCCUCAUCGAGGUCGAGUACAAGUCGUGCGUGAUCCUGGCCUACUGCUGGGAGAUGAUACGCGAGGUGCUGCAGGGCUUCCUGGGCAUCGGCGUGGGCAAGGACUUUCCCUCGUACUUCGCCCCGCAGACGAUAAUGACGGCGAUGGGCCAGCAGCAGCUGCACGCGAAGCACAACGACAUCUACGAGCCGAUGGACACGGUGAAGCAGUACCUGGAGCAGUUCACCAACUACCGCAAGCACGUGGCCCUGCUCGGCGGGAUGGGCAGCGGUCCGGUUGGGCCGCAAGUGGGUCCGCCCGUGCACAUGUCGCCCGGGGUGGUGGGCCUGAAUCGACCCUGAUCCGCCGACGUCAAGCUGGAGCCACCGGAUGGACCAGUAGCCGAUUAAGUAGGAUGUUCUUUUUGUGUUUUGUAUUUAAGUGAAG